AUGUCGCCUCGAGGCACAACAGGCCAUUGGCCAUCCUAUCAAAAGCUGGAAGCGCUCGAAGAAGGCGACACCGAACAGCCGGCAGUACUCGCCCGUACCCGACAAUGGUCGCUCGCGCAUCCCAUCAGGCUCGGUGCAAUCGUGACAUGCCUCGUCUGGCUCACCGUUCUCCUCUUCUAUGACCCUUUGAGGACGUUAGCGAGCCAGACGCUGUCUGCAGGCCUCGUCGAGCACAAGUUUGAGAUGCUAGACAUCCUCGGCGGCGAGGAGACAAUCAAGCGCAAGGAUCAUACGUCAGACUUCAGUGCCAUCUUGCGGCCAGAGAACGCGCGACUGCUUCAGAGCAUCGCCCAACGCACCGGCUGGCGUGCCUUUCAAUCAGCCGCGCCCGACGACUCGCCUCUGAUUUACCCGGCUGAUUUUGAGCCUCUGCGGUCUCAGCUGGCUUUAAGUGCAGACUGUGUCGACCUCUGGAUAUCUCAGUCGGCACUUUGCGAGGAAGUCAAGCGGCCUGGGCACGCACUCGCCUCCCCCAACGCCACAAAGAUUGACGUCGCUUGGGUCUGGAUUGACGGAGAGGAUCAGCGCAUGCAGGCAUGGCGAGAUGCGCUGCAGCUGAUUGAUGUCACUACUGAAGACAUAGAACGAGCUCGCUACCUGUCUGAUCCUGCCACGCGUCCCAAGCCAUCCCUGCCCGACAAGAUCAACGCGCAAGCCAAAGUUGGCGGUUUGAGCCCGAAGCACUUCCGCAAUCAUGACGAAUUGCGCUAUUCAAUCCGAUCUACGCUCGAAUACUUUCCGCAAGAGCAGCUCGAUACCCUACAUAUCAUCUCGACCGACAUACCCACUUCAGCCGAGCAUCCACCGGGACGUGUUAUGGAUCUCGCGCAGAAGCAGCUGGACACUUCCUAUCCGCGCGCAGUACAAGUGCCGCAUUGGCUUCAAAAGGCGCUAUAUACUCAGACUGAGCACGGAAAGAGCACAGAAGCGCCCGAGCUGCGUGUCACACCGCUCUGGGAUCUUUUCAAGGUCUACAUGAACAAUCUUACCUCGCCAGUCGCACAGAACGCCGCAGAAGUAUGGCGCAGUCGCGUUUUGCCAGCAUUCAAUUCCAUGUCGAUCGAGAGUCAGCUUGCACAUCUCAGGACAGGCGCAGAAUCUGUCUUCUAUGUCUGUGAUGACUUCUUUAACCUGCGCAACCUCACGGCAGCCGACGUGACUUCCCCGUUGACUGGGCCACUCUUCCGCAUGCAGCGCGGUCUUGGCGUCACCGGCAGACUUCCAGAAGAGAUCUACGAUGACCCGGAAGGCGAAUGGCGGAGCAUCAAUUACGCUGAGGGCCUCUUAGACCGUCGCUUCGGCAAGCGACUCCGUCCCUACGUCACCCAUACUGGCAAGUCAUACAAUAUGGCGCUCCUCAGCGAGGUCGAUCAGAUCUGGCCCGAUCAGCUUCGUCAGAGCGCGGAAAGCAGAUUCCGGGGUCGCCUCAUGGAAGUCAAUAUGGCUUUUCUCGCGACCCAUUACAUCGUCGAGAAGCAUCGGGAAGCCCUGCUGUGGUCAUUUUUGAUAGCCCGUAUGGAUUUCGACGGCGACGGUGUCUACUCAGUGCACGAACAGCAAGACAUUCUCGAUUUGCUAUCGCCUUCUGCAUUGCCGAGGAAGGGCACGAUGAGUCAGGACGAGCUUGCAGUCUUGUACCCCAUCAGAGGCGAAGCCGGCCUCGAUCAAAUCUACCGCGACGCACACCUUCCUGUCCCUGCAGGCACUUCCGUUCGGUGGAACUCUCAAGAAGGCUACGCGUAUACCAAUUUCCCCAUGCCCAACGGCAAGACAGGCUCGCCUUCCACGAUCUGGCCACAUUAUGGCGCUUUUCCAACUCUUGCAAGCUCUGGAAAGCCGCCAAGUUUGCUGACACCAGCGUGUAAGCUGUCUUUGUCGACAUGCUUCGCGCCUGGCUUUGCCAAUGGGACGAAUUCAAUUGAUGCGAAUUCAGUCUACCGGCGCAUGGCUUACGAGCAACCAAAUUGCGGCGAUUGUCUCAUCGUGGCUCUGACGCAUUCGAGCGGCUUCAGGGGGUUGUCUGCAUUCUUGCCGGCCAGAGGACACCACUUUGCGUCUGCUGGUGAUAGAAUCGCGCCUCGCCUGUUCGAUAGUUCGGUCUUUGACAACAUUACAAUCGCACAGAUCGAUCGUCAGCAGAUUAUCCAAGAGUACGGCUCUUUGCGGCACUUUUGCGUUCGCUUGAUUCAUCGAUACAGUCACUCCUUUGGCGAAACGCCGACAAAAUUUCUGCGCGCACAGGGGCGGAGCAUUCGUGCUUCGCUCAAUUCUGUGCUCUUCUCACCCUCGCGUAUACCCACAUUCCUCGUCAUUAAUGACGAUAUGUCUGGCAAGUCCAUAGAAGAGGGUGGCCGGCUCAUACGCGACUUCAUGGCGAAAGCUUGGACUGUACCAACGCGCUUCGAGUCUUGAACGACCCGUCUCGGGCUCAGCAUGCAACCCACUUGCACUGUGUCGUGCUCGUCGUACCUAGAAUACCCUGUUGUUGCACAGUAAUGUAUGAUACUUGAUAAGAACAACAACACAGCGAGUGGUGCGAUCAUCGACGCCCUUUCUUGGACUUGCGCUUUGGUACUGAGGCGUCUCUUUCGUCGUCAUCGCGGUCCUGCUCAUCGUCAUGACGUGCAUGCUUGCCACGCUUAUCUCUGCCCUUUUCGCCUCCAAAUCCCUUUUCCCUGAUCUCGCGAGCGGCUUCUCGAGCGGCUUCCGUGACUCGCUCGCUCAACACAAGGACAGCUUCCUUGUCGUGCGCAAACUCGGACAUCUUCUUGCCGACGACGCCCUC